AUGAUGCGUUCGGUCAUCUUCCUUAUGUCCCUUCUUGGGCUCUCUGGAACAGCAAUAUCGGCCAAUACCUUCAACCGACCUCCAUCUGGCGGCAUUAAGGGCGAUUUCCGCGACAAUCCUACUUACAAGGAGGGUGAACGAGUCGAGUUCCUCUGGGAUACGGACCUUGCCUAUGUCGAUGUGGUGAUCUGGCAAAGAUUCCCUUUACCAUCCUCAGCUACUGACGGAGUAACGUAUUUCAAUGAGCCUAUGCUUCAGAACUCUACGAGGAUGAGCUAUGAAUGGACGGCCGUUCUUGGAGGUGCCACCCCUCCUACUGGCGAAGACUCCGUGUUCUGGCUCGCAAUGUACGAUGCCUUAGCAAAUUCUACGAAAGUGACGGCCGAAUCUCACUAUUUCAAUGUCUCACGAGCCACGGGAGCGACAACGACAACGACAACAUCAUCAUCAUUGUUGACAGCAGCCUCAUCAACCAGUGCUGCUGCCAGCUCCGAUGCUUCGAGUGAGUCCGCUACGAACGACGACGCAUCACAAGGCCAAAAGUCCGGAUUGUCUACGGGUGCGGUCGCGGGAAUAGCUGUAGGAUCAACCUUAGCUGGAAUCGCGAUCAUCGCUGCAUGUGCUUUCUUUCUCUGGAGAAAUUUUCAGGCCAAGAAGCUCGCCGCUGCUCCAGAAACCCCGAUGAAAAAGUCCGAACCUCUUCCCGAGCUUGGAGAGUUUGGGGCUGGCAACUCGGAUGCACAUUCGCAAGCACCACCACACUACGUUCAACAUCAGAACACCCCGCAGUUGAACGAACUACCCACGCCUACAAGAUAUGAGGCUCCGUAA